CACCAUGGCUGUCUGGACUCGAGCCUCAAAGUCUGGGCUCCUGGACCUUCUCCUACAGGAUCACUGGCUCAGUGUCCAGGCUGAACUAACUGGCGAGACUCUUACUUUGACUUCGGAGCCUGAGCCCAGCGGAGCUCUUAAUGGUCUCAGCAAUGGCACUGAAUUGGCCCCAGCCAGUCCCAGGAGGGCCCCCAGCAGUCAUAACUCCCCCCGGGCUGGUUCCGAGUGUGGCUCCGAAUCUGCGCUCAGCAGCCCCGGAACUCGCUUCCACCUGGAUGUCCCGGCGAUCGAUAUGGGCUGCGAACCUGUAAGGAAGGUGCGAGUAGUAAAGCAGGAAUCGGGCGGGCUGGGAAUCAGCAUCAAGGGAGGGCAGGAGAACCGCAUGCCCAUCCUCAUCUCCAAGAUCUUCCCCGGGCUGGCAGCGGAUCAGAGCCGGGCACUGAGGGUUGGAGAUGCCAUCCUGUCAGUGAAUGGUACAGACCUACGGAACGCUACUCAUGAUCAGGCUGUGCAAGUGCUCAAAAAGGCUGGCAAGGAGGUCACCCUGGAGGUGCGCUUCCUACAAGAUGUGUCUCCCUAUAUCCGGAAAGCUUCCCUUGUGGGCGAUCUGCUGUGGGACACCUAUGACCUUCACUCUCCUGUGCACAGUGAUAUCUCUGGGUCUCCCAACCACCAUUCCAAGGAUUACAAGGUCAUCCCUCUCAAAAUGUGUUACUCGGCCCGGAACCUAAGCAUGUCAGAUCCUGAAGGACGGCUGGUGGAGCUGCGUUCUCCUGAUGGUUGUCACUCCCUUGUGCUCCGAUGCAGAGAUUCGGCUUCUGCACUUUCUUGGUCACUAGCUUUACACAAUAACAUCACCUCUCUGCUGCCGCAGGUUCUAGCUGAGACACAAAGCAUGUUGGGUCCCACAGGUGAAGACAUUAGACAUUUGGGAUGGGUGGCAGAACAGGUGUCUCAGGAUGAUGGGCGCUCACUCUGGCAGCCAGUACUAGCGGCUGUUUCACAGAAGGAUUUUCUUCUCUUUGACGCAAUGCCAAGAGCACGAGAGGAGUGGGCAAGACCAAAACACAGACUGCCACUGAUAUCUACCAGGUUGGUUCAUUCUGGUCCUGGACACAGCUCCCCCUCCCUGGGGUUGCAUCUCACUUUUGGUAGUCGCACUGGUUGCCCCCAAGGCAUUGACAGGAGAGUCUUUCGCGUGGAGUCUCAGCGAGAGCUUUCUACAUGGACUCGAGCACUUGUGCAAGGAUGCAAUUCUUCUGCAGAACUCAUGCGUGAAGUCACAGUCAGUUGCACCCUACGUGAGCAAGAGGUCUCUCUCAUUAUACACUACGAUACCGGAUUCACUGUAUGCCAGGGUGGGCCUUCAGGCCCAGUGCUGCACAGAUAUCCUUAUGAGAAGCUCCGAAUGUCUGCAGAUGAUGGAAAUAGACACCUUUAUCUGGAUUUUGGGGGUCCAGAGGGAGAAUUGGCUCUGGAUUUGCACACUUGCCCAAAGCCUGUUGUAUUCCUGUUACACACAUUUCUUUCUGCUAAAGUCUCCCGCAUGGGUCUGCUGGCCUGACCCCUGGAUUGCCAUUGACAGUAUAGGCAGACUACAUAUGCAAAGGGCUAUUGCUUUAACCAGUGCCUUUCAGUAACAAUCUGAAUAUAUUACAAAAGGGCAAGCACAAAAAAACUUUAAAUGAGCUGAGGAUCUUCUGCGAUAUUGUUCCCCAGAAAACAGUAAACAGACCUUCCCAUGUGUUUUUUCCUAACAGAAGAGUUAGGGGGAGGAGAACUGCUGUCUGUGUAUCACAAGGAAGCAAAGAAACAAGUUGAAAUUAUAAACACAACUGUGCCCUCCAGUGUGAAACCUCAACUUUCCAGGUUUUGGACCAAAGAGAUGCAUAUAACAGAAAAAUCAUUAUCUCAUGAUAUGGUCACAUGAGCAGAAAAAAAAUAUUUGAUGGAUGAUCAUGUGACCCAUAGAUUUCUUCCCAUUACAAGAGGAGAAAACAGCUUUAACUAUUUUUUAAUUGCAGUGACAAUCUUUGUCUUAUUUUCCCAUCUUUUAUGGGAAUAUUAAGCCAUAUUAUAAGACCAUAGUGCCUUCAUGUUUUUGCUGCCUUAACAAAUGUUUAAUGUUCACAACCUUCAUUUAUAGUAUAUAUAUAUAUAAAUAUAUACACAAUUACAAUAUGCAAAGCCUCAAGGGCAAGAAGCUCCUGUAUGGAACAAUUGUGAUGGACUGUAAAAAGCCAUUUACUGCUGUUUUAGGCAGUAUGUGUUAGGUGCAGUUCAGCUUAGCUCAUACCUACUAAUUUAAACAAAUUUGCCUCAUUUAACCAAAGAUUUUCUGGGUAGUUAUACCAGGGAUGGUCCAGCAAAUAUGUCACUUGCAGCUAUUGUUGGAUUCAAUUUCUUUCCAUCUAGUGGAGGGGCUGAGAUUUGUAGAUUAUCAAGAGCUAGAGGGCUGCUGCUUAGACAGCCAUAAGUGAUACUAAGGACUGUACUAAGCAUUGGCUUGACAUAAUGUUUUAUUUACUCAUCACAUGUUACAAAGAUAAAGAAAGUAUGUGACGCAAAUUACUGGAAAAAAUUUUACAGAUGUUUAUUGAAGAUUACAAAUGUGUGAAGGGCAAAAUAACAGAAAUGUGUACACAUUGUGUUACUUCAAAGAAAAACAUUAGGAUGGUUGCAGUUGGUGAUCAUAUUUUAAUAUAGUAGCUAAGGUACCAGAGCUUUAUAAAAUGCAAGUUAUGUUUAAAUAUACCUUUCUAUACUAU